AUGUGGGGUACCAUCAUCAGGCCUCCCUUCUCAAUGUCAUUUUUGGACUUCUGCCUAAAUGAGAUCAAAUCUUUUCCUGUCCGAGCUUUUCUGUAUUGACAUCUGUAGGCUUGGCUAUCACCAGCAGAGAAACAAAGAUAGCAGUCAGACACAGGAGUCUCCAGCCAGCAGUCUGAAGCUGACCAUGUCAGUGUUUGGGAAGGCAAAAACAUAUGCUGAGUGUAACCUGGUUCUGCUUGGAGUGAUGGGCUGUGGAAAAUCAGCCCUCACUGUCAGGUUUCUCACAAAACGCUUCAUCAGUGAAUAUGAUCCUUAUCUUGAGGAUAUCUACUCAUCUGAUGAGGUUGUGGACCAACAGUGUGUUACAGUUAGAGUGAUGGACACCUGCGACCAGGAGGGUCCAGUGAAUUGUGAGCGUUAUCUGUCAUGGGCCAAUGCUUUUCUGGUGGUCUACAGCAUCAAUGACAUGGAGAGCUUUAAAGGCUGUCAACUGUACCUGCAGACACUUUCCUUACAUAACAGCACCUUCAGCUCCCAAACUCCCAUCUUCCUGGUGGGCAACAAGCUGGACAUGGACAGAUACAGACAGGUGAGUCAGAGUGACGGUGAGGCCUUGGCAGCUCACUUUGGCUGCUCAUUCUUUGAGGUGUCAGCCUGUUGGAACUUCUUAUCUGUGCAGCACAUCUUCUAUGAAGCUGUGCGGAGAGCAAAGCGAGGCAACGAUCGCAGCAGUUUGUUCAGUGCCACCUAUGUCAGCGAGGGCAAUGCACAACUUGGCGUCCACUCCUUCUCCACUAUGUCCUACAAGGAGUUGCCGGCCCCUGCCACUGCCAAGCUGGUCACAGUGAAGACAUCCAGAGCUACGAGCAAACGGAGGGCCGCCACACUCACUCUGCUCAAGGGUUUUAAGAUCUUCUGAAACUUCAGGCUGCCAGCUCUGUGUCCUAUAACAUUGUGACUGGGAUUUAUUUGACUUUUAGACUGACAGAGAUGUAUGCUACAUGGUUUGCUAAAAUCAGAAAAAGGAGACUGGUUCAUAAAAGGUUAUUUACUAGUUUGGCCUUCUAUGAUCUAGUAAAUUUAAUUGAAAGCAGAAACUCUGACCUGCACGUGCUGGCCAGUACAAUUCCUAAAUGUUACAGUUUUGGCUGAAUGUUUCAACUGUUUUUUCCUGGUUCUGAUUUACACAGGGCCUUUUUUCUCAACCUUCAAUGCAAAAAAGUGGCUAAACCGAAAUCAUUCAGAAAACUUUACCACAUCAUACUGACUACUGAGUAAUAUGUAAAGUUAUGGAACAAAGAAAACACAUACUCUUUCAAUACUAGGAUGGGAAAUAUCACAGCAAAAUAAAAUUACCUGCUCUUUAGCAGGUUCUGAAAUUAUUUAAAUUGUGCAAAAACCCACAAAGGUCUCCCUACUGUCAUUAGUUAAAAAACAAAAAUCAAGCCAAAAGGGAAAAGUUGUGCGUAAAAAGCGAAGUACACAUUGCAGCUUUUAAAAGGGUUUAAGAAGGAAGCAACAGACAGAUACAGCUUACUGAAAGCACCAUAUUAUCUUUUCAUCAGCAACUAUAUCUACAGCAAUAAAAGCAGGGCUUUUGGCUGUUUGGAACUCAGGAGCAUACAGGUGUGUGGUAAAGCAAUAUCAAGUGGAAAGGUAUCUGUACUUACUAUUGAGAGGGAAUUGUUGCUGCCCAAGAAUCCUGAUUAAAUGUAUUGGACCAUUUUUAAAUUAUUAAUUAUUAUUUGGGGGUUGAUGUCAUUGUUGUGUUAAAUUGCCAGCCUGGCCAGCUGUGGGGCCCGUUGCUGCCAUCACCCUCAGUAAUAGCAGAAACAAAAAUGAAAACCUUUGUUUUUUUUUGCCUGAGAGAUACUAAUAAACACAUAUAAAACUG